AUAUAUACGGUUAAAUGCUCCUAAAUUCGCUCGCGGUCACAGAUGCGCAUUUAUCUCUCUCGCUUCAAAUUCACGUUCCAUUGUUACAGAUUUUUUUUUAUCUUUUCUCGGAAAAGUGAAGGAAAAUAUGCAUUCGCUUUCUAGUAUUAAAGUGCUUACCGAUUUCCGCGCAAGUCCGCGCUUGCCGGUUCGUAGCUCCUGUUUCGAGAGGAAGGCGUGGCUAAAUUUUGGGGAUUCCGCGAGGACAUGUCGUAUUGUAGCGUGUUCCGUGGAGAGAAACGGAAAUGGCGGUGGAGGAACAAGUUCGAGCUCAAGUUCUGGGUCGGGUUUGGGUUCGGAUCAUAGUGCAAGUUCGUUUUUGUCGCGGACUCAAACUUAUGCUUUGUUGAAGCAGCAAAUGGAAGUUGCUGCCCAAUCUGAGGAUUACGAAGAAGCUGCUAGACUUCGUGAUUCAUUGAAAUCGUUUGAGGAAGGGGAACCAGUUCUGCUACUUCGUAGGAUGCUUAAGGAGGCCAUCAGUGACGAACGAUUUGAGGAUGCUGCUAGAUAUCGUGAUGAACUGAAAGAAAUCGCCCCACAUUCGCUCCUGAAAUGUUCGAGUGAUGCAACAACCUUGGGGAUCAGGGUUCAAGUUAGGAGCGUGUACAUUGACGGCAGAAGUCAGCCUUCUAAGGGACAGUACUUCUUUGCGUACAGAAUAAGAAUCACUAAUAACUCAGAUCGUCCUGUUCAACUGCUCAGAAGACAUUGGAUUAUCACUGAUGCCAAUGGAAAAACUGAGAAUGUCUGGGGUGUUGGAGUUAUAGGUGAACAGCCAGUUAUACUUCCUAAGACAGGGUUUGAAUACUCAUCUGCUUGCCCAUUAACUACUCCUGAUGGCAGAAUGGAAGGUGACUUUGAGAUGAAACAUAUUGAUACGGUAGGCUCACCAACUUUCAAUGUGGCUAUUGCACCAUUUUCUCUCUCAAUACUAGGAGACGAAAGUGACACUUUUUGAGACAUGAACUAUAAAAUCACUUUUCCGAGACGAGGACCUGCAUCUGUGCUAUGUGUUGUGCCAAUGUGAAAGCGGAUGGUUAAAAAAGAAAUGUAAAGUAGUGUAUUUUUAUUGUGUAAAUGUAAAUUUCUCUCCAUUGUUGGGGAAUAUGAAUCAAUAAUGAAUUGUUUUACUAUGAUUUAUGUUACAUUCUCUAUAUUAAAACAAAACAAAAUUACUAGAGUUGUAAAUCAUUUACAAGGUUGGUUAUGAGCUCUAAGCUCAAUGCAUGAAUUGUAGGGUUAUUAUUAUUACUUGCAAGAUGUAGUUAACAGUUGAUACUACUUACUCAAUUGAAACACAUUGUUAUGUGCUUUUUGA